CCGAGGGGGCCGGCGGGCGGAGGGCAGGCCCCUACUUCGGUCCCGGAGGGCGCGCCAGCCCUUCCCGGCCCUUCCCGCCCUGGAAGCCCCUCCCCCCGCUGGAAUGCGCCGGGAGGGGAGUGGAAUGACGCGGGCGCCGCGGGGUCACGUGGCGCGAAUGGAAUGCCAACAAUGUAGCGAAUGUCCCGACUGCUCCCCGCACUCGGCGCCCGGGACGGCCAAGGGGGAAGAUGGAGAGCGGCCCGCGCCGCCGCCGCCGCUGCUGAGCCGUGCCGCGCCGUGCCGACCCCCGGAGGGCGAGCGGCGGCGCCGGGCGCCCCGGGGAGUCACUGUCAGUCUGCAAAAUGAUGAUUCCACAGAUUUUCAUUUUCCGUAGGAAAUGUGAAGAUUGUGAGCUGAAGUAAAGCGUUGGCAGAAAUCUCUUGAGAAUUUUGCCUUUUCUUCUUCUCUUUCAAGGAUUAUGUUUACAAGAAAUUGAUACCAUCAAGUGACACUUUUUGGAAAUAAUUUGAAAGAAACAAAGAAUAAAGCUGUAUUUAUGUUUAGAGAAAACUGGAUCAACAAUGAGGCCAAAGACUUUUCCUGCUACGACGUAUUCUGGAAACAGCAGACAAAGGCUGCAAGAGAUUCGAGAAGGUUUAAAGCAGCCGUCCAAAUCUUCAGGUCAGGGACUGCCAAUUGGAGCAGGUAGUGAAACCUCUCUGGACCCUAAGAUUUUAAUAGGGAAGGAUGCUGCAAGGCAGCAGCAGAUGAGACAAACGCCCAAGUUUGGACCAUAUCAGAAAGCUCUUCGAGAAAUCAGAUAUUCUCUGCUGCCCUUUGCUAAUGAGUCAAGUACCACAGCAGCUGUGGAAGUCAACAGGCAGAUGCUCCAGGAACUGGUGAAUGCAGGUUGUGAUCAGGAGAUGGCUGUCCGAGCACUGAAGCAGACAGGGAGCAGAAGUAUUGAGGCAGCGCUGGAGUACAUCAGUAAGAUGAGCUACUUGGAUCCUAGAAAUGAACAGAUAGUACGUGUAAUUAAGCAAACCUCACCAGGAAAGGGUAUUGUGCCAAAUAACGUAACCCGCAGGCCAAGCUUUGAAGGAUCAAAUGAAUCUUUUCCGUCCUACCAUCAGAUCAGUAAUGCAGCCUAUGAAGGGACAGGCUUUGGAGCAGAAGGUGCAAAUAUGCUUACUGAGGUUCCAAGGCCAUACAUGGACUAUUUAAUCUCUACUUCUCAGUCUUCAGCUAUGACUGCUCCUGUACAGCGACCCUCUGGGGUAGGCACUCACAGCACACCAACAAGCCAUCAGCAGAAAGCAUACCCUGCAAAUAUGGAGUCUUCUGUGAUUAAUUAUCCAGUGGCUAAUCACAGCAGUCAGGCCUUGCAGCUGCAGGCGUCCCAUGGCUGCAACAGCCAACAUUACAGCAGGCAGCACAUGAUGGUGCAGGGGGAACCUAUGGGAUAUGGUGUUCAGCGGAGUCCAUCCUUCCAAAACAAGAUGCAGCAGGAGGGGGGAUAUGCCAAUCUCCCAAAUAAAGGGGCAGUUGUUCAGAACAAUACUGGUCAUGCAUUUCAGCAGGCACCAGCAAGCCUGUAUAUCUCACAUUCUCAUCACAAACAGACAAGUCCUUCUUCUCAUCAAAUGCAUGUUAUAUCCAGAGGUCCAGCCUUUGCUAAUGAUUUUUCAGACAGUCCACCACAAAAUCUAUUGACUCCAUCUAGAAAUAGCCUAAACAUGGACCUCUAUGACAUGAACAAUCCUCAAGUUCAGCAGUGGCAGGCAGCAACACCAUCACGCAGAGAUUCUGUACAAAACCCAGGAAUGGAAACAUCUCCACGGCAACAUGUAUCCUUCAGACCUGAUGCCACCGUACCAAGCAGAACAAACUCCUUCAACAACCACCAGCAACAGCCACAAGUAACAGUGUCUAUGAGACAGGUUCCUCCAGUAAAACCGGAUCCUUCCAUUACGUCUCCAAACACAAUCACGGCAGUCACAUCUGCUCAUAUCCUCCAGCCAGUGAAGAGCAUGCGGGUGAUGAGACCAGAGCCUCAGACUGCAGUGGGACCUUCCCACCCUGCAUGGUUGCCUGCACAGGCACCGGCUGUGGAUGGCUUGGAGAUCAUGGAGCAGCAUGUGCCACCACCUGGAGCAGCUAAUGCCUACCAGCUCGAUGUGGAUUAUGGUAACCAGGAACUGAGGUGUCCACCCCCACCCUAUCCCAAGCAUUUGUUACUUCCUGGCACCUCUGAGCAGUUUGAUAUCAACUGCUUGUGCAAGGGCGUGGAGCAGACUCUGCGUGUGGUCCCCAGUUCAACAAGCAACAAGGCUGAAGAGAGCAGUGAGCGAAAUGAUAAAAGCAGCAAGAACACUAAAGCUGAAAAACCAAGCAAAGAUAAAAAACAGAUUCAGACGUCUCCGGUGCCUGUGCGAAAAAAUGGCAAAGAUGAGGAAAAGCGAGAAUCCCGAAUAAAGAGCUACUCACCUUUUGCCUUCAAGUUCUACAUGGAGCAACAUGUAGAGAACGUCAUAAAGACCUACCAGCAGAAAAUUAACAGAAGGUUACAACUGGAGCAAGAAAUGGCAAAAGCAGGCCUCUGUGAAGCAGAACAAGAACAAAUGAGAAAAAUUCUCUACCAGAAGGAGUCCAAUUACAACAGACUUAAAAGGGCCAAAAUGGACAAAUCUAUGUUUGUGAAAAUCAAGACUCUGGGUAUUGGUGCAUUUGGAGAAGUAUGCCUGGCCUGCAAAGUGGACACCCAUGCCCUGUAUGCCAUGAAGACUCUGCGAAAGAAAGAUGUGCUGAACCGGAAUCAGGUGGCUCACGUCAAAGCAGAGAGGGACAUACUUGCUGAAGCAGACAAUGAGUGGGUGGUUAAACUCUAUUACUCCUUCCAAGAUAAAGACAAUUUGUACUUUGUGAUGGACUACAUCCCUGGUGGGGAUAUGAUGAGCCUGCUGAUUCGGAUGGAGGUCUUCCCAGAGCGUCUGGCUAGAUUUUAUAUUGCAGAGCUCACUUUGGCCAUAGAGAGUGUGCACAAAAUGGGAUUUAUUCAUCGAGACAUCAAGCCUGACAACAUUUUGAUAGACCUCGAUGGGCAUAUCAAACUAACUGACUUUGGACUGUGUACUGGAUUCAGGUGGACUCACAAUUCAAAAUACUAUCAGAAAGGGAGCCAUAUCAGACAAGACAGCAUGGAGCCCAGUGAUCUUUGGGAUGAUGUGUCCAACUGUCGAUGUGGAGAUCGGCUGAAGACAUUGGAACAAAGAGCUAAGAAGCAGCACCAGAGAUGUCUGGCCCACUCGUUAGUUGGAACCCCUAAUUACAUUGCUCCUGAAGUCCUGCUUCGUAAAGGAUACACUCAGCUCUGUGACUGGUGGAGUGUUGGUGUGAUCCUCUUUGAGAUGUUAGUGGGACAGCCUCCUUUCCUGGCUCCUACACCCACAGAAACCCAGCUGAAGGUGAUAAAUUGGGAAAGCACACUGCACAUUCCCUCACAGAUCAAGCUGAGCCCUGAGGCAACUGAUCUGAUCACAAAGCUCUGCUGUGCUGCUGAGGACAGGCUUGGAAGAAAUGGAGCAGAUGAUAUUAAAGCCCAUUCUUUCUUUCACUCUAUGGACUUCUCUGCCGAUAUCCGUAGGCAGCCAGCUCCCUAUGUUCCAAAGAUCAGCCAUCCAAUGGACACUUCAAAUUUUGAUCCAGUUGAAGAAGAAAGUCCUUGGAGUGAUGCUAGUGGUGACAGCACCAGGACCUGGGAUCCACUAGCCUCUUCCAACAGCAAACACACAGAACAUGCUUUUUAUGAGUUUACUUUCCGAAGAUUCUUUGAUGACAACGGGUAUCCGUUCAGGUAUCCCAAACCUUCUGGAAUGGAAGUUUGCCAGUCUGAGAAGUCUGAUGUAGAAGACAAAGGAGCUGAUCCUGCAGCACUUGUGUACCUUCAGCUGAGGCUGGAGACAUCCUGGGGAGUAAAAGAAGCUUGCAGGGCCAGAUCCUAAAGAUGGCACUCUUGAAAGUUCAGGUCAGUUCUACUGUAAAUAACUUUGAUGAUAAUUACACUUGAAAUCCUGGUCUUCACCAAAAUCUGCAAGGCCAGCAGUCUGUCAUUUCUGGCCUAUUUUUAUUUGAGGUCAGCAUCCCCCCUACUCAGAUUAACACUUACAGACUUCUGCAACUGUCAGUGUUGUUUUUUAAAUGAAUAAAGAGCACUUAUAUUUUGUUUAUAGCAGGGGUUUUUUUCCUACUAAAUUAUAGGGAUUAACUUUGACAAAUCAUGCUGCUGUUCUUCUUUUCUACAUUUUAUUUUAUCCAUAGCACUUACUUCAUAUUUAGGAAGAUGCAUAAAGCUGAAGAACAUGUGAUGAAAGGUCUCUGUGCAAUAAUGUAAGAAAGAAAAAAAAGAAGAAAAAUGAAAAAAAGAAAACUGCUCUCUAAUUUUCUAAAUUUACUGAUGCCAUUGUAUUCACACCGUGAUUUUUGUUUAUUAUAUGUAUUUUCCACAUUUCAAAAUUGUGACAUAACCUUAAAGCUGCUUUAUUUCCUUCUGCUUAUUGGAGUGUAAUAGAAAGUGUGAGCAAGUGGCAACUUGGGUGUGAUUUCAUUGUCUAGUGUGUGAAGAAUGUUGCAUGAGCAUUGGUUUUCUAUUUGAAAUGGCCUUUUCUUGCCAUUCACAGGCAGGUCCUGUGGAUUCAUUUUUCUAAGGGUCUAAAAUUAGACCAUUUUAAACCGUGUGUUGAUAAUGUAUUGUGUGGAUGGUUUCCUCUUAUGAUUGUAUCCAAUAUUAAUUUUGUAAAACAGAUUGCAAAGGUUAUACCUGAGUAGUGAUGUUGAGGUCUGAUGCAAUAGAUGGUUUUAGCAAGCACAUGUCACGGGCACACACGUUUCCCCACCGAGGAUCAGCAGCCAGAACAUUACAACGGAGCAGAUUUGUGGGGAGAGCCUGGAUGGGGCUGGCUCAGGCAGGGAGCAGCACAGAGGCUGUGGCUCAGGCAGGGAGCAGCACAGAGGCUGUGGCUCCAGCUGGCAGAGGCAGCACAGCAUCCAGACCAGAGCGUCUCCCAGCGCGGGGCUCCUGUAAUGAGCCAAGGCCCUGGGUGCCGUGAGGCUGAGACUGGGUGCCUGCAGCUCCACGGACACCUAUGGAACCUGGAGGUACAUGGCUUUCCAGACAUCAGACCCCACAUGUGUAUCCAUUUAGGAUCCUAGUGUUUUAGGCACUGACGUUGGAAAAUGUUGGCAUUGUUGGUAGGUCAUUCUGUCCCGUUGUCUAGAGGUAAAAAUGUUGCUGUGAUGGAGCACAAUAGGCCUUCAUUUCUGUCAAAUUAUAGGCAUACUUUGAAAUAUCAGUUUUUAACUAUGUUAAAAUAUGCAUUUUUCUUGUAUGUAUAAGUGAGAAUUAUUCAAGAUGAUAUCAGAAUACUAAAGAUAAUUAAGCCAUACAUAUUUGCAUAUAUAUUAUAUAUAACUAAAUAAGUAAACACACACAAGAAUCCAUAAUUCAGAUUAGUGUAACAGUCCUAUUUAAAGUGAUUGACCUAAUAACAUUUGAUGAAAACACUCCUUUAAUGUGUUUUGCUUUAUUUUAUUUUUAAAUCUGGAGCUUCAUUAUUUUUUCCAUAUAUUAUUCCACAUAUUAUUACUUAAUGUUUUAGCAUAUCCUAUCCUAUCCAUUGUUUAGAUAUCUAAGCAACAACAUAUGAAUUCAUCAGCCUAAACUAAACAAAAAUGAUUGUGUAUUUGUUUACAUUUGUAUGAAAGGAAUGUUCUGAGGUAUGCAGUGCUUGUGUUG